GCGAAAGCAAUAAUAUAUCUCGCAAGUAGAGAAAUGGAGGAGAAUACAAAGACUUCAUCACCAAUUUCAGAGGCAUCAUCACCAUUGUUACAAACUCAAACUGGUCUUUCCAUGAAGAGAUCUUUGCAAGGAUUUCUGCAAAAGAGAAAGAAUAGAAUUCAAGCAACUUCUCCAUAUCAUCACUAGCUACUAACAAUUACUAAUAAUAUUUGAUGAUCUUUUAUUUCUUUUUUCUUUCAUUUUUUUCCUUCUUCUAGUGUGGUUAAACCUUUUUUUCAUGUCAUUACUUUUUGGUUCUCUAGGCCCGACUAAUUUAGAUUUGCGGCUCGAAGACCCGCCUGAUGACAUGCUCUAGAUAUGUAAAUUAGUACUUUCAUACAAAUAUGAUGAAUAUUAGCUUGAGAUGAAUUUAAAUUUG